AUGGGCUGUUCGGGGAGAGUCAAGGAGGAGGACCUCAGACCGGAACAGAAGUGGGAUUUUAUCAGUCUGAACGAUUUCAAGAACACCGGCUGCUUUCCUCCUUUCGCAUACGCAUAUCUCGUCGGUUCUCUCGUGGUCUCCAUCGCCGUCUACGGUGUCGAUACCUUUACCGCGGUCAACCUGCUCGCGUUUGAUAAAUGGUCGGGAGCGAUUGCACCAGCGAUCGAUCUCGAUGUCGGUAAAUGGAUAUUCUCGGCUUGUAUCAUAUUAUCGUGGCUCAAUGUUGCGUACGAACAUUUCCGAGCGAUGCGCGUGAUGAAGAGAGGGGCUGUUGCUGAGAGUUUCCUGGAUUCAUUGGCGGUUCGGUUACAGUGCGUUCGAUGGACGAAGACGGGACGCGGAUACAAGCGAUUUCUGGUGUUUGCAGAGUUGACAAAGAGUAAGAAGGGUGCGGAAUAUGUUGCCUUGUUUACAUAUUUCUCCUUUCAGUCUUGGAUUCGAAUCAUCUUUUGCCAAGGUCCACGACAAGUCAUCAACGCAGUCACGCUCUACGCGGUGUUCGAAGCCAACUUUGAAGGCAAAGAGGAUGUUGGUUCGACGUUAUCGACUUUCUUUACCAACAUCGGACAUCUUGCAGAACAGAACAAUCAGCAAGCUGUCGUGUUAUCAGGAAUGAUCUUCACUCUUGUCAUUUGGGUAUUUGGUGUUUUAUCACUGCUCUUAGCCAUUCUGUUCUACUCCUUCUUCCUCUGGCAUUACAUUCCUAAUCGAGACGGUGGACUUACUGGUUACUGCCGGAGAAAGGUUGAUAAACGUCUAUCGCAGAUUGUAUCUGUCAAAGUCAACAAGGCAAUCGAAGAGGAGGAAAGAAGACGUCAAAAUGCUGAUAAGAAGGGAUUGAAGAAGGGAGAAAAGGCGCCAGUUCUUGGACGCCAAGCUACCUUGCCAACUCUGUUCGACCCAAAGAACGAUGACAAGCUACCUAACAUGCCGACCCUCACUAGGAACGACACGAUGCAGACUUUACCUUUGUAUUCAUCUCGUCCUGGAACCCCUAGUGGACAAGCCACUUUACCCGCAUUCGAACUUAAUAAUUUGAGUCAAUCGAGACCAUUUCCUAAUCGCAAUGCAACCAACUCUUCCGUCACAAGCUUUGGCUCGAAUGCUCCUUUGAUGGGAAAUGUUGCAGAAAGUGGAAGAGAUUCGCCUGCUCCAUCGAUAGCGCCUCUGAACAAUGGCUAUCCUAAUGGUCUACCUUCAAGGCCAAUGACCUCGAAUUCAAGCCGGAGUCAAUGGAGUGAAGGUCCAAUUACACAAGGACCUCCAAGAAUGCCGAGCGCCAUGGCCGAUAGAGGGUACACCUCAAGUCCAGUAUCUUACACCGACCCGAGGAGUGCUACUCCAGGAGGACAGACCCUAGAUGGUUACGGUCGCCCAGUACCCCGACCGAUGAACGAAAUGCGUUCGAAUACCCCAAUGGGACCACCAUCAAUAAGACAACAAACACCAUACGACCAAAACAUGGGCCGCUCGUCCCCAGAAAACGGUCGCAACUCCCCCGCCCCAUCCGGCUACGCUCCCUACAACCCAGGCAUGCGAAGCGCAUCCGCUGCCCAACAAACCCGUCCCGUCCCGCAACAGCGGAAUGUCAGCGAGCAUGGGUAUUUCGUCAAUGGUCCACAAAGGCCCGGGACGGCGCAGAGUAUGAAUGUGCAGCCUAGUAUUAAUAGGUUGGCGAGUCCGGCGCCGUAUAAUAAUGGGGGACCGAGUCCGGGGUAUGGACCGAUGGGAGGGGCGGAGGGGUAUAGGAGGAGUUGA